GCGUCCAUCAGACACAAGACCUAGCCGCCGCAGAAUGGAGUAGUUAUGGAGUGAAGAGUCCCAACACUAGUCUCCCAAGUCUUUGAGGUGAAAAAAUACGGUAAGUUGUUGUGUAAGGGAAGUUCAAUGACGGAUCUGAGGCCUUGAUCUAAAGCGUUUUGUUUCUGGUUUAGUUUUGCCCAAGUUUGACGUGACCGUAAACGCACCGUAGACCUACAGCGUUGCAGUUAUGGGACUGAAAGUUGAGUCUUGUGCCAAGUGAGUGAUGCUUUAUUUUCUUGUCUUGUGGUUGGUCAGUUCUUUAUCUUGCUAUGAUGUUUCCCAGAUAUACAUAUGGCUAACCUGUACCUGGUCAAGCCUUAGUGGAAGUGUGCUGUGAUCCAUUUCCAUACAGUCUGCUUCAGCAUUUCACCAGACAGUGCCUGACUCAAACCGCAAAGAUGAAUGCCAUGGGCUGCGCCUCUCUUACUGUUGAUGCGUCAGUGUUUUUCAGCCCCAAUUUUGAAGACCAACUGCAAGACAUAUUUCUUGUAAAUAGGAAUGGUACUGAGGAGGGAACAGAUGUAAUGGUGUCCUUUACAAGCAAAGCUGUGUAUCUCUUGGUGGGGAGUAGCUGGCCCAACAAACCGCCGCAGCCAAUGCCCCGUACUCGGACUUCUCCAAGGCGAAUAAUUUAUGCAGAUCAGAGAGUUCUCUCCUCAAGUCCAUAUACAGAAGCCACUGAGGGCAGGACAGUUCUGCCUAGAGCUCAAGACGAUCCUCCUCAGCCCAUGAGGGCACUGCCUGUAGAUUCACGAGGUGACCUUCUGCAUUCUCAUUCUGUCAGUCACAAAGAGAUUGAUUAUCUCACUGACAACCUAGGAGACCUGAGACUACCAGGCUCGGCAACUCGGCUAACUUCAAAUCAUCCUUUCUCUUCUUAUGAACCAACUCAAUCCCAACACAAGCUAGCCCAUCAAGAAGAUGCUACAUAUCCUCAACCUGGUAUUAGGAACAUGGAUAGACCACGUGGUUACUACAACACAGACCACGGAGGCCAUAACUAUAUGUCCACUGACCAAAGAGAUCGCAACGAAUAUCCCGCAGCUGUUCAGUUUAUGCCUCAGGACUACAGUCAAGAGACGGCAGCUACGUAUGGGACCUAAAAAAGAUCAUAGUCUGAACUGCAAACCUGUCUGCUAUUUCACUUUCACUGAACCAUAUGGUUAUCAUCAACCUUAUCAUGGGAUUUCAGCUACAAUUCCAGUCUAUCAAGAUGAGAGACUUACUCCAAGGGAUACAUUAGCUCACCAUGCACAUGAGCGAC